AUGCCGGGGCAUAAAUCGAAUGCAGAGAAAGGGGACUCGGAGAAGCAGCUGCGGAGGGACCCUUAUGAGGUGUUGGGAGUGAACAGGAAUUCUACCGAUGUAGAGAUUAAGAGCGCCUAUCGGAAAUUGGCACUGAAGUAUCAUCCUGACAAAAAUGCAAAUGACACUAACGCCACAGAUAUGUUCAAAGAGGUCACCUUCUCGUAUAACAUUUUGUCUGAUCCAGAUAAAAGACGGCAAUAUGAUGCGGCUGGUUUUGAGGCUGUUGAAUCUGAAAGCCAGGAACUGGAACUUGAUCUUUCAAGUUUAGGAACUGUCAAUACUAUGUUUGCUGCAAUCUUUAGCAAGCUUGGAGUCCCAAUAAAAACUACAGUUUCAGCCACUGUCUUGGAGGAAGCAUUAAAUGGUUCUGUGACAGUUCGUGAGCUCCCAUUUGGGCAACCUCUGUGUAGGAAGGUGGAUAAGCAGAGUGCCCACUUCUAUUCAGUUAUUGUAUCAGAAGAGGAUGCACAUGCUGGAGUUGUAUGCAGAGUUUAUUCGUCCGACAAAAGCAAGUUUAAGCUAUUAUACUUCGAUAAGGAAGAUAAUGGUGGAUUAAAUCUUUCUAUACAGGAGGAUAGUUCGAAAGCUGGGAAGGUUACAUCUGCUGGGAUGUAUUUUCUUGGAUUCCCUGUUUACCGGAUGGACCCUGCUCAUAGCUCUACGGCAGCUGCAAAAGAUCCAGAUGCUGCUUUUUUCAAAAUGCUAGAUGGGUUUCAGCCUUGUGAAAUUAAUGAACUGAAAGCUGGCAUUCACUAUUUUGCAGUUUAUGGAGACAAUUUUUUUAGAAACGUAAGCUACACCAUAGAAGUUCUUUCUGCUGCACCUUUUUUGGAGGAGAAAGAGGAUCUUAGAUCUGUGGAAGCUCAAAUUUUGUCAAAAAGGGCUGAACUUUCUAAAUUUGAAACUGAAUAUAGAGAGGUUCUCGCUCAAUUUACCGAGAUGACUAACAGAUAUUCACAGGAAAUGCAAGCUAUUGAUGAGCUGCUCAAGGAGAGGAAUGAUGUCCAUGCUUCCUACACAACUACCCCACGAAUAAAGCGUAGCAGUUGUAGAAGCAAGAACAAGGCCACGUUCAAGGAAAGUGACGACGGCCUCAUGAGGGAGAAUAAGUAUUCUAGGGACAGGUCUAAGAAGAAGAAAUGGUUCAAUCUUCGUCUAAAGGUCGACAAAAGGAAGCCUUGUGGGAUGGACUGA